UGCAGGACAGAUUGCAGAGCUUGGCAGCUGGUGAGAGGAGGAGGAAACGUAGGGGACAGAAGUUUCCAGACAGUUGUUUUAGCAGACAAUAACCUUCCAGACAACUGUCUUCGACAUAGACAACGGACUUGAACAGCACCGCUGUAGAAUAAGCUCUGAUCCCAGAAGCAGCAGCUGCAAAGAGGACAAACAUGCCUGCUCUCUCUGCACCCACUGAUGUCGGCAGCUCACCCCCUUCUCCAGUGGACAGCAGCCCCAGGAGGCUGUCCUGGGGCAAACUGGUGCAAAGACUGACAGACUUCAGCACACCUGCCAACAGUAGCAUUGAGAUGGGGUACAACAAUGGUAGCAGGAGUGAUCUCUCAGACUCAGGGUCAGACUUCUCCAGUGACCUGUCUCCCUCUAAUGAAGACCUGUUUUACAAUCCAAUGGAGGAGACAAUCUUGAAAGAAGUAGUGGACCUCAUCGCCCGAAGCCUAAGAGAAGCCAAAGACUCAGACUGCGCCUUACGAUGUACCAAACUGCUCAUCCCUGAGAAACUUCUGGAGCACAUUGGACAGGAGCUCCUUCACCUGGCAGCUAGUGAGCCCUGCGGUUUAAGAGGGGCUCUUAUUGACCUUUGUGUGGAGCACGGGGCUGUCUGUGAGAGCAUGGGACAGCUAUCCGUGGACCCCUAUCUUGUCCCCACCUUUCAGCUGACUCUGGUUUUGAGGCUAGAGUCUGGUGGGCUGUGGCCCAAAAUCCAAGGACUUUUUAGCACAAAGUCUCCUUCCACUCCAGUAGUGAGACAAGCUAUUAAACUUAGUACUGGUUUCCGUGUGAUAAAGAAGAAACUGUAUUGUUCUGAAGAACUGCUCAUUGAGGAAUGUUGAGAAAUGCAAGGGACUGUCAAUGUCUUAUUGUCUGUGUUUUUUAAAAUGCCCAGUUAAUCUCACAGAAGGGCCUUAUUACUCUUACUGUAUGUGUGAUGCCUUCUGAAGUGUAAGGAUGGACUUUGUCAUGAUGUUGCCUAUUGUUCCUACUGUAAGGGAGUUGAACUUUAUGGUACCUGGGACAGGUGUUGCUUUAACACUUGCUCCUCAUUGACAUUCAGAUUUUCAAAUUAUAUUGUGUAAUCCAUCAUGCUAUAUCUGGUAAAUAGGCAUUUUCGCAAGUAUUAAAGUGCGUACCUCAGUUUCUAUUGAAAUGACAUGAUGGCAGCUAGCUACAUAGUUAUAGUCAUUGAAGACCAUUCUGGGGUUUUUUUUUUUUUUUUUAAAUGAGGCAAUUAACUGAAUUGUACUGCAAGUUAUGAAUUGUCCAAAAAGCGGACCUUAGUGACUGCUUUUGAAUCAAGAGCAAAGGCCUACCAGUGCUUGCCUUGUGCAGCAUAUGUGUGUAAGCUAUAGCUAAUCUUUCAAAUGUAACUUGAUCCUGUAUCUGUGUAGACCUCUCCUGCUUUCAACUUUAUUUAUUUGAUAUUCAAAUACUCAUAACAUUGCACUGUUUUUGUACUUUCAUGAUUGCAAAUAAAUUAUUUUUUUUUU